AUGGGAGACCUUGCUGAUGCAAUAGAUUGUGUCCUUGGAAUUGACCUGCUUGGUCAUAUCUUAUUGCCCGGACUCAAACAAGGUCCGCUCAAUAGUCCUACUGCCCUACUUACUACUCUUGGUUGGAUCAUUUUUGGUGUAUCGUCAUCAACUGAUUCUGAGAAUUCUUUUUCUGUCCACCAUGUUGAAGAGAAAGACACUCUUCAUCAUCAACUCCGCCUUUUCUGGGAAAUAGAGGAAUUACCCACGAAAACCUUCCUAUCCAAGGAAGACAUUGAAUGCGAGAAUCAUUUCCGAGACACUCAUUACAGAGACACUAGUGGUCAAUAUGUAGUUCGACUACCCCUUCUUCAACCUCCUGAUCUAUUAGGACGAUCUAAAGAAUCUGUAAUUUCAAUGUUCAAGAGAAAUGAAUCUCAACUCCAGAAAGAUCCAAUUGCCAAGGCCAAAUACAACUCUUUCAUAGAAGAAUACCUCUCACUAGAUCACAUGGAACCGGUUUCCGAGGAAGAUCGGGCAUAUCCAAAGUCAAACUAUCUUCCACAUCAUGUGAUCUCUAAAGCACACGAUCCUACAGCCAAAAUCAGAGUUGUGUUCAAUAGUUCUUUCCGAACUUCCUCCGGUGUGUCAUUUAACGAAAUCCUGCACCCUGGGUAG